CACACAAAGAGCAAGAAGCAAAGAAAAUGGCUACAACACCAGGUCUCCUCACUGACUGGCCAUGGACGCCUCUUGGGCGUUUCAAGUACGUGGUACUGGCACCAUGGGUGGCUCAUAGCAUUUAUUCAUAUGCUACAAAAGGCGAAAGCGAGAGAGACCUCACAAACCUUCUUAUACUUCCCUUACUUUUGUGGAGGAUGCUUCACGAUCAAAUCUGGAUUAGCAUUUCUCGUCACCGAACAGCUAAUGGCAAGAACCGGAUUGUUGACAAGACCAUUGAAUUUGAACAAGUUGACAGAGAAAGCAAUUGGGAUGACCAAAUAAUAUUAAACGGAAUCCUACUCUACAUCUCCAACAAUUUGUUGUCUAAUGCUUCUCGGCUGCCGUUGUGGAGGACGGACGGUGUGAUCUUGACCUCUCUGCUUCAUAUUGGUCCUGUGGAAUUUCUCUAUUAUUGGCUUCACAGAGCACUGCACCACCAUUUUCUCUACUCUCGUUACCAUUCCCACCAUCAUUCCUCCAUCGUCACUGAGCCCAUAACAUCCGUGAUUCAUCCCUUUGGAGAGCACAUAGCGUAUUUUUUGCUGUUUGCAAUUCCAAUAUUGGCAGCAGUGUAUAGUGGAACUGCAUCGCUUGCGUCAAUGUUCGGCUACAUCACAUACAUUGAUCUAAUGAACAACAUGGGACACUGCAACUUUGAGCUAAUUCCCAAAAGACUCUUCUCCAUCUUUCCACCUCUCAAGUAUCUAAUGUAUACACCCUCGUAUCAUUCUCUGCAUCACACUCAAUUCCGAACAAAUUACUCUUUAUUCAUGCCCUUCUACGACUAUAUCUAUGGUACCAUGGACAAAUCCACCGAUUCGCUGCACGAAACUUCAUUGCAAAGAGAAGAAGAUGCCCCAGACGUGGUGCAUUUGACCCAUCUAACAACCCCGCAAUCCAUAUACCAUAUUCGUCUGGGAUUUGCUUCUGUUGCCUCCAAACCUGAAGGUUCCACAUGGUACAUUUUGUUGAUGUGGCCAGUUACACUUUGGUCCGCAAUUAUUAAUUCCAUCUGCGGCCGUACCUUUAUCUUAGAGAGGAACAAGUUAGAAAAGCUCAAGUUGCAGUCUUGGGCAAUACCAAGGUACAAUGUGCAGUACUUGAAGAAAUGGCAAUCCCGAGCAAUUAAUGGCUUGAUUGAGAAGGCCAUACUAGAUGCUGAAGCAAAAGGCACCAAGGUGUUGAGUCUCGGCCUACUUAACCAGACAAAGGAACUGAACAAAAAUGGAGAGUUUUACGUGCGAAGGUACCCUAAGCUGAAAUUGAGGGUGGUGGAUGGAAGUAGCUUGGCAGUUGCCACCGUCCUUAACAGCAUUCCUAAGGGAACCACUGAACUCCUCCUUAUUGGCAACCUCACCAAAGUUGCUCGUUCUGUUGCGUUUGCUUUGUGUGAAAGGGGUAUUCAGGUAAACAUUUCAUCCCAAUAUGGGUAUGAAAAGCUUAAGCAAAGUGUUGCUUCCCAAAGCAACUUGGUAGUACUGUCCAAGAGCGUGGCUUACAAGACUUGGUUGGUUGGAGAUGGAUUGACUGAAAAGCAGCAGCUGAAUGCACCAAAAGGGGCAUUAUUUAUUCCUUUCUCGACUUUUCCUCCGAAGAAAGUACGCAGGGACUGCUCCUAUCUGCAUACACCCGCAAUGCUGGCUCCCGCCUCCCUCCAAAACCUUGACUCUUGCGAGAAUUGGUUGCCAAGAAGGGCACUAAGUGCAGUGCGUGCAGCUGGCAUAGUGCACGCAUUAGAAGGAUGGACUGAGCAUGAAUGUGGAGAAAACAUGUUGAACGUUGAAAAAGUCUGGCAAGCUGCCCUGAAGCAUGGCUUCCGACCUUUGGGGUCUCCAAGCAAUUGAUCUUUCUCUUUUUAAUUAGAACAUACAUACAUAUGUGUUAGUCAAUGUUUUGAAAAUCGGAUCAGACCGGCCGGUUCGACCUGUUGAACCACGAACCGGCCAUGCCUCUGGUUCAAUUCAAUUAAAAACUCAAAGAAUUAAUUGAACCGAUCAAAAUCGGUCAAGAACUGAUUGAACCAGAAAAAUCGGGAUGUUCAACCGAUUUUAUUAAGAAUUUAUUUUUUAAAAUAAAUAUUUUAGUUUUAUUCAAAAAGUUUAAUACUAAAAUGAAUAAAAAUUUAUUAAAUCUUUGAAUCGGGGUCGAACCGGUUGAACCGAUCGAACCGUGAACCGAAAAGUUUUUCAAUUCACUCCCCGGUUCGGGUUUAAAACAUUGGUGUUAGUUAUCCAGACCUAUUUCUCAAGAAGGCCCUUUAAGGUCAAAUUACUUAAGCUAGUGAAAUAUUCCAUAUAUGCUUUGAUGAAAUGUAUUAUUGUAUUAGUCCCAGAGAGGACUGUUGGCUCCAAGAAAGCCUAGUCAUACUAUAAAGUGUAUUUUGGCCCUUUGGCCAUAUGUAAACCUUUUGUCAGACUAUGUUUUGGCCACUUUCUUCUUAAUGUUUGAUUAUUCAGGAUACCAACCACUUCAAGCUUUCUUAA